UAGAAUGCGACGCUCCUUCCAAUGGCUCCUUCUCACGUGACCCGCGGAGGCCACGGCUGGGUGCGAUGGAGGAAUAUGCCCGGGAACCUUGCCCUUGGCGAAUUGUGGACGACUGCGGUGGCGCCUUCACCAUGGGGAUGAUUGGUGGGGGCGUCUUCCAGGCCGUCAAAGGCUUCCGCAAUGCCCCAGUGGGUGUCCGGCAUCGGUUCAAAGGCAGCGUCAACGCCAUCAGGGUCCGAGCGCCGCAGAUCGGAGGCAGCUUCGCAGUGUGGGGCGGGCUCUUCUCGACCAUCGACUGCGGCCUGGUGAAGAUGCGCGGCAAGGAGGACCCUUGGAACUCCAUCACCAGCGGGGCGCUCACCGGAGCGGUGCUGGCCUCCCGCAGUGGGCCGCUGGCCAUGGUGGGCUCAGCUAUGAUGGGCGGAAUCCUGCUGGCCCUGAUAGAAGGCGUCGGGAUUUUGCUCACGCGAUACACAGCCCAGCAGUUCCAGAACCCCAAUCCUUUUGGAGACGAUCCCAGCCAGCUGCCGCCCAAAGAUGGCUCCCCACCGCCAGGAUAUCCAGGCUACGGACACUAUCAAUGAUCUUGUUUGGGGCUGGGCCUCCUUUACUUUUUCGUAGGGCAGAAAUCUCCUCCGGAAGCUACCAAAGACUGUUACUUAAUAACACUCAAAAAUGCAUUUGGA